GCCGCCGUGCGGGGCCGGGCGCUGUCCGAGGUGCUGAGCCGCCGUGCGGGGCCGGGCGCUGUCCGAGGUGCUGAGCCGCCGUGCGGGGCCGGGCGCUGUCCGAGGUGCUGAGCCGCCGUGCGGGGCCGGGAGCUGUCCGAGGGGCCGAGCUGCGCCGCGCCCGGGCGGCACCAUGGUGUUCGCUCCAGGUGAGAAGCCAGGGGCGGAGCAAGAUGAAGUUAAGCUGCAGAAUGCCAGCAAGCAGAUUGUGCAGACUGCUAUCCUCCGAGCAGUGCAGCAAGUGUCCCAGGAGAGCCAGCAAAAGGAGAAGCAAUCAAACAGCAGUACGAGCCGCCAGCUAGAAAGAGGAAAAUUAACCAAGAAGCAUGAAAAGAAAUAAAGGAGCAGAUUGUUUUUUUCAGUCCUCCAGUCUGCAGUGUUUUCAGCCUUCUCUUUAGUAUCAGCUGUAUCGCUACUGCAAUGUUACUGUUGUAAAGCAAACCAAAGUAUAAUCACACCUAGACAUAGGGUAAAGCUGCAAUAGUCCUCAGCUGAGAAAUAUUAAGUGCAUUAGAUGACUAACUCCAUAUUUAUGCAGUGCCUCUUAACAGAAACAAUAACCAUAGCUAUAAAAGUAGUUUCAAGCACAAGCUUUCAUGGUAUGGACUUAUUCUCAAAAGCUGCUUGUCAGU